AUGGAGGAGGAGAAUGUGACAACCCAAACAACCCCAGAGGAGGCAAAAUUACUGGUUCAAGAGAUCAUAGGGCUGAUAGAACAGGCCAAGUCUUUUGAGAGUUACAGGGUGAGUCAAAAAAAAGAAUGUGAGACUCUUGUGUGGAGGUUGAAACAGUUAUUGCCGUUAUUGUUGGAGGUUAGGGAGGUCGAAACCACGAUCCCCGACCCGGGCUCUCGAUGUCUGAUGACAAUGAAGAAGGCCGCAAAGGCCUCCAAGAAGCUGCUGAAAACUUGCCAUGGUGACAGCAGAAUCUACCUGGCACUGGAAAAUGGGGCCAUCUUGGGGAAAUUCCAUGAUGUUUAUGACAAACUAAACCAUGCCUUGUCUGAAAUGCCUUAUGCUGAACUUGGGAUUUCAGACCAAGUGAAACAACAGAUGGACGAGAUACUAAUGCAACUCAAAAAAGUGAAGGGGAGGACCGACACGCAAGACAUGGAGCUAGUGAUGGAUUUAUUGGUGUCGGUGUACAAUAAAGAUGGUAGAAAUGCAGACAGCGCGAGCAUAGAGAGGCUGGCGCAUAAGCUGGGAUUGCAGACACUGGAAGAGCUAAAUCGCGAGACGAUUUUAGUGAGAAAACUGGUUAAGGACAAGAAGGGGCAGCUCAAACCCGAGGCAAUGCAGCAAAUCAUUGACCUCCUAAACAAGUUCAAACGAGCCGCGGGGCUGCCAGAAGAACCUGAAUUCCAAGACAGUGAUUUUGUCAUGACAAAGUCCCAGGAAAAGGCCGCUUCUGUUGUCAUUCCUAACGAGUUCCUUUGCCCUAUCACACUUGAGAUCAUGUCAGACCCCGUUAUUAUUUCAACAGGACAGACAUAUGAAAGGGAAAGUAUACAACGAUGGUUGGAUUCAAACCACAAGACAUGUCCGAAAACCGGGCAGGCAUUGGCAAACUUACUACUAGCACCAAACAUUGCCCUCAAGAACCUAAUCCAACAAUGGAGUGAGAUCCACAACUUCCCACUCCCUAAGAAAGACCCGCCUGCAAAUGCCGACACUCACAUCAACAAAGAUUCCUCGGACCUCCAAACACUAGUCCACAACCUCUCCUCCAACCUCCUGGAAGAACAACGAAAAGCAGUUGAAAAGAUUCGCCUCCUCUCCAAGGGAAGCUCAGAAAACAGAAUCUCAAUCGCUAGCUGCGGCGCAAUCCCCCCUCUCGUCCAAUUGCUAUCCUACCCGGAUUCCAGAAUCCAAGAACACGCCGUCACGGCACUGCUAAACCUCUCCUUGGACGAAUCAAACAAGAAACUGAUAUCCCGAGAGAAUCCAAUUUCCGCCAUUAUUGAAGUUCUUCAAAAAGGGACGGUCGGCGCCAGGGAAAACUCCGCCGCCGCGCUGUUCAGCCUGUCAAUGCUGGACGAAAACAAGGUGGAAAUCGGGUCCCGUAAUGGAAUCCCGCCAUUGAUAGACCUCCUAAAAGGCGGGACUAUCCGGGGCAAAAAAGACGCCAUUACAGCGCUCUUUAACAUCUGUCUCAACCAAGCCAACAAAACCAGGGCAAUCGAGGGCGGAAUCAUAGAACCUCUCCUUAAAUUCCUGAUGGACAAGAAACUCGACAUUGUCGACGAAAUUCUCUCCAUUCUGCUCAUCUUUGCUUCCCACCCGACAGGGAGACAGGAAAUGGGACAACUGAAGUUUGUCGAAACGCUGGUCAACCUCGUACAGGAUGGGACCCCGAAGAAUAAGGAAUGCGCGGCGGCGGUUCUGCUCGAACUGGGAUCGCACAAUUCUAAUCUCAUGCUGGCGGCGCUGCAGUUCGGGGUGUAUAAUCCGCUGGUGGAAGUGGCGCAGAGUGGCACUGAUAGAGCCCAGAGGAAGGCCAAAUCUAUACUGCAGCUCAUGAGCAAGGCUGAACAGAUUCCUUGAUUAAUAACUGAAAAAACCAAAAAAUAUAUAUAUGAAUUUUAAGAAUGUUUGUAAAUGUGACUUCUAUUUAAUUAACUGUACUCCAUUACUAUUUGUAUUCUAGUGAUGAUGAUAACCAGUAUUUUUUUUUGUAUAAAUACAUUCUGUUAUUUGAUUCCAACAAGCUAAGGCAUUUAUAGUGUUCUUGCUACUGUAUGUUGUCUGGAUUUUCUAGUAUUAUUCCAAUCAAAAUUCCUUUUUAGGCUUUGAUGUUAUGAUGCAUUA